AUGGCCGACCCUGUCACUCUGAGGACCCGCAAGUUCCUGAGGAAUGCCCUUUUGGGAAGGAAACAGAUGGUGGUUGAUGUUCUCCACCCCAACCGACCCAACGUCUCCAAGGAUGAGCUUCGCUCUAAGCUUGCUGAGCUCUACAAGGCCGACAAGAGCCAGGUCUCUGUCUUCGGAUUCCGCACCCAGUUCGGUGGCGGAAAGUCCACCGGCUUCGCUUUGAUCUACGACUCCCACGACGCUCUGAAGAAAUUCGAGCCCCACUACCGCCUUGUCCGUUACGGUGACGCCACCAAGAUCGAGAAGGCGUCUCGUCAACAACGCAAGCAGCGCAAGAACAAGGCCAAGGAGGUACGGGGAACCCACGGAAAGAAGGUCAGCAAGGACAAGAAAUAA